UCUUCAUAAAUUGCUUCUUCUCUCCGCUCUCCUCACUAACUCCACUAAGAUCAGGCGACAGUUACAGUAAUUGCAAGAGAGAGAGAGAGAGAGGAGAGGCUACAGACGCCAUGGGGAAAGGAGCAACAGUACUACUAUGGUGGGUGGUGCUUGUGAUCAUGUGGUGUGCAGUGGGCGGGGUGUUGGGGCAUCUUGAAGGAGGAGGAGAAGAGAGGCAGGAGAGUGAGGGGGGAGAACAUGAGUUGUUCUUGAUGCAUGACUCUAAGCAGAUGGUGAAGACUGAUGCUGGAGAGAUGAGGGUGGUGAGGAGUGCCGCAGGCAGAUCAAUUGUAGAGAAGCCGAUGCAAAUUGGCUUCAUUACUAUGGAGCCUAAGUCUCUUUUCGUCCCCCAGUACCUUGAUUCCAGUUUGAUCCUCUUCAUUCGCAGAGGGGAAGCAAAGGUUGGAUCAAUCUACAACGAUGAACUGGUGGAGAAGCAGUUGAAGAUAGGGGAUUUGUAUACAAUUCCUGCCGGUUCUGCCUUCUACUUGGUUAACACAGGCGAGGGGCAGAGACUUCAUAUCAUUUGCAGCAUUGACAUGUCUGAGAGCUUGAAGAUGGAUACCUUCCAGUCUUUCUUCCUCGGGGGAGGGACACAUCCCACAUCGAUUCUCACUGGGUUUGCUCCCGAGACGCUGUCAACUGCAUUUAAUAUCUCGAUGUCGGAACUGGAGGAGAUCAUGACCAGACAAGAAGGGGGCCCUAUCAUAUACAUAAAAGAUUCUCAGCAACCAAGCACAUGGGCCAAAUUCCUAGAAAUGAAAACCCAAGAUAAAGUCAAACACCUGAAGAGAAUUAUGGGAUUUGACGUCGAAACUGAACAGAAACAUGGGACAUGGUGGUCAUGGAGGAAGCUCCUGAACUCUGUAAUUGGGAACGAAAACAAGAAGCAGCCUGUGGAACCAACCGAGCCCUACAACCUCUAUGACAGAAAACCCGAUUUCAAGAACAGCUAUGGAUGGAGCAUUGCUCUUGAUGAGUCCGAUUAUUCGGCUCUCGCCGACUCCGGCGUCGGCAUUUACAGCGUCAACCUCACUGCGGGAUCAAUGAUGGCUCCACAUCUGAAUCCAACAGCGACAGAAAUCGGGAUCGUGUUGAAAGGAUCAGGCACGGUAAAGGUCGUAUUCCCGAACGGGACAUCAGCGAUGGACGCCAAAGUGCGUGAAGGCGACGUCUUCUGGGUGCCCAGAUACUUCCCAUUCUGUCAAAUAGCAUCAAGAACAGGCCCUUUUGAGUUCUUCGGAUUCACGACAUCAGCGCGCAGAAACAGGCCACAGUUCCUGGCAGGAGCCAACUCGCUGCUCAAGAGCAUGAGAGGCUCAGAGUUUGCCAUGGCCUUCGGUGUGAGCAAGGACAAGUACGAUCACAUGGUCAAUUCUCAGCGGGAAGCCGUCAUCUUACCUUCACCGGAUGUUUCUCCACCAGAUGAGAGGAAGAAGGAGACUGGGACUGAGACUGAGAGGGUACUAAAGUUGAUAAAGGGAUUUGGGAAUGAUGUGAUGAUGGGGUUUUAGAAAAACUAUGGAGCUCUUCUUUUUUAUGUUCAGUCUAGCGGUUUCAGAGUGGUAGAGUGUUUUUCUUUA